UUAUACAUUGCAGACUCCAAGAGCGGCUUCUCAUUUCUCAGUAUUGGAAUUGAUUCGUUUGAUUUUGCAAAGCCCAGUUUUCACAGUUUUCAGACAGGCAAGAAAAACUAGAAACAGUCUUGUUGUCUCAUGUUUUCUGCCAGGGUACAACAGCAACUGAAUCCCAAUCUCCUAUCCUACGUAUGAACUCAUUGCGCUUCCAACUUCUGGUUCCUAGAACGCCGACUUCCAAACACCUGACCACUGUUUCCCAUCUCAAUCACAAUCUCGCCUCGACUCCCCUAUCUUCCAUUUGUGAAACGAUCUCAUCAUUUCCAUAUCCAAACGCAGAAGACCCAGCCAAAACUUUGCCCAAUCUAUUGUCAAACUGCUCCAACGUACUCCACCUGGAUCAAGUUUAUGCCCACAUCACCCGAACGCGCGUUCUCGCGUACCCGGCCGCGUUUCAUUGGAACAUUAUCCGAUCCUACACCAGACUAAAUGCUCCCAUUAAAGCUCUUUACGUUUACAUUACUAUGUCUAGAGCUGGGCUUCUCCCCGAUUGUUACACUCUCCCCAUUAUCUUAAAGGCCACGUGUCAAUGCUUCGCUCUUAACGUCGGCUGCCAGCUGCACUCCAUCGCUAUAAAGAUCGGCCUAGAGCUAAAUCAGUUUUGUGAGAGCGGUUUUAUCAACGUUUUUUCAAAAGCGGGAGAAUUUGAGAAUGCGAGGAAAGUGUUCGAUGAAAAUCCGGACAGGAAAUUGGGUUCUUGGAAUGCUAUCAUAGGAGGGCUUUCUCAAAGUGGGCGUGCUAAAGAAGCGAUAGAUAUGUUUUUGGAGCUUAAAAAAUGUGGGUUUCUGCCUGAUGAUGUGACUAUGGUUAGUGUGACAUCGUCCUGCGGUAGUUUAGGCGAUUUGGAUUUGGCUCUUCAGCUACAUAAGUGUGUUUUUCAAGCCAAAAGUUCGGGAAAAUCGGACAUUUUGAUGUUGAAUUCGGUCAUUGAUAUGUAUGGGAAGUGUGGUCGAAUGGAUUUAGCAUAUUUAGUUUUUUCAAGGAUGGAGGAAAAGAAUGUUUCUUCGUGGACGUCCAUGAUUGUUGGCUACGCAGUGCAUGGUCAUGUUCAGAAAGCGCUUGAUUGUUUUCUUUGCAUGAGAGAGGUUGGGGUGAGGCCUAACCAUGUAACCUUCGUUGGGGUGUUGAGCGCUUGCGUGCACGGUGGGAAGGUGGAGAAAGGGAAAUUUUACUUUGAUAUGAUGAAGAAUGGUUAUGGGAUAAGGCCAACCUUGCAGCAUUAUGGGUGCAUGGUCGAUUUGCUUGGUCGAGCCGGGUUGCUCGAGGAAGCCAGGAAGAUGGUGGAGGAGAUGCCAAUGAAGGCAAAUGUGGUGAUAUGGGGGUGUUUGAUGGGUGCCUGUGAGAAAUUUGGGAAUGUUGAGAUGGGAGAGUGGGUGGCUAAACAUUUGCAAGAAUUGGAACCUUGGAAUGAUGGGGUUUAUGUUGUACUGUCUAAUAUUUAUGCUAGCAAUGGUCUGUGGGAAGAGGUUGAGAAGGUUAGAGGGAUCAUGAAGCAGAGGAAACUUGCCAAGACUCCUGGUUACAGCUUGGCAACUAGUUCAGAUUGAGUUUGAUUUGUACUAGUGGCCAAUAAUCAUGAUAACCAUUAAUUCUUUAAAUUACUUCUAAAUUUUUCUAAUACAUUAUGUUGGUCUUUGUCUUGUUAAAGUUCUUUUUUGAUAGUUCCUUCUACUAUGAAGUUUAGGGGCUGACAUUCAUGGUAUUUCAUCUUUCCAUUGAAUUUGUAUAUAGAGAAGGGAGA